AGGGCAGUGACAGCUGCAGCAAUGCCCCCUCCUCAUACUCAACAUUCUCCAGAGGCCCAGGAUCUCCCAGAGACAUCAUGUACCCAUUGUCCAUCAACCUGGGCACCAAACCUCAGUCGCUCCCCGGUACCAUCUGUAUAGAGAUGUCUGGCAGCGGGAUGAGGAGUAGGAUCCAGGUGAAUAAACCUUAUUACUCUGCUCGGUCACAUGACGCACGCAGCUCCGGGAGCACGACGUGUCGCUUUACUUCUGUCAUUUUUGCCGAUCUUGGCAGAGCUAACACGUGGAACAGUCCAUUACUUCUCCAGAGGGGGCGGCAGGGACCAUUCAUCUCACAUCAGACACCUUCAUUUACCGAGGCACCAACCCCGUAAGUCACCGCGCCGGACACUAUGCGCACGUCGCACACAUGAACUUGUUCGAGAACGAGUCGCCCAUGUUCAGAAUUCCAGCCAAGAUUUGCUUUUUGAAGUUGUCCCCUGAGGAAGUCGAACCUCCAGGGCUCAGAGAUAAGAAAAUCAAUGCAUCAGACCAGGCCGAGGAAAGUGACAUUUGCUCUAAACUUAUCGAACAGGUGAAACUGGACAUGCGCUUGAGUGACGGAGAAGACAAAAGUAGACCCAAAAGUUCUACGAUCUCCUGCUCCUCGGCCAAAGAGAGAGGAAAGAGCAAAGGAAGACGAGAGGGAAACAAAAACAAGACGAGGAACGAUGAUGAUGAAGAUGGAGAAUGGGCCAAGGCCAAGGGAAAGGUUGAAGAAUUUUUGGAUUUUCCAGGCGUCAUGGCUGCCAUGGCUUAUAGAAGUCAAGUAAAAUCCAAUGGAUCGUCACAGAUCUCCUCAAGAAAUGGCGGAGGAUUAUCGUCUCCAGACCCAAUUCCCAACACUAGACACAACGCCAUCUUCUUAAGAGACCAUGAAAAUGCCACCGAGGCCGUACUACGAAAUCCUCAAUAUCAGAAGAGCAAACAACCUCCAGCAGUGGACUCUUAUCAGUCGGCCACGAAAUCUCAAGACCGUGGUACAAAGAUGUUGGAGACACAUGACGGCCACGUAGACAACAUAGAAGCCGAGUCUGAUACUGGCAAUGAAAGAUGAUUUUGUCCUGUUGUGACAUUAUACGGAAAUUUUUUGCCAUCACUGACACCUAUUUGCCCCCAACUUUUGGCUGGUAACUAUGGACAUGCUGUGUUGUCACAACUCCAGACUACACUUGUCACGGACUAUGUCACGGACUAUGUCACAGACUAUGUCACGGACUAUGUCAUCGCAACAAGCACAUCAUGUAGCUUCCCAGCUCAGUCAAUGUUAGUUAUCAGAUUUUUCUGAAUAAAGAUUUUU